UUGAAAACCCUGAAAGUAAAGAAGAUUCAUUUUGAUAUCCUGCCCGACUUGGGUAGCAAACAUUUCUAUAAUCCUGUCACCAAAGUGUACGGCAGACAUCCAGCGGGUGUUUUCGUAGAGAAUCUUAAAGUGAACAUGGGUCAUUGGGAUAAAUACAAUGCGUUAAGCGUUUUCGGGCCCGUUCAACACCUCAACUCAAUUAAUAACAAUCACAGCGCAAUUGCUAUCUAUGAAAAGAAGAGCGAUGCUCAAAAAAUUCUGCUUGCUGAAGAGAUUUACAUUAAACACUUUCCUGUGUCUGUCAAGGCUGUUGAUGGCGUAUAUAAGCCAGUUGAGAAACCUAAGUAUGAAGUUGGGAAUACUGUUUACAUAACGGAUAAUGUUGAUCCUACGAACGUUACGAAAGUGAUGAAACAGAUAAACAUAAUGAAGUUGCCCAUUAUUCGAAUUGUUGAAAGUGACAAUUUCUUCAAACCGGCGUUCUUUGUUGAAUUUGAAAAUGCAGAUGACGCCCAAAAAUUCGUGGACGCGACAAUAGAAAUCGACGGAAAAGCAGUGCAUACUGAAUUUUACGAUCCGGCCAAACACGACAAAAGUACCGUACCUGAGGGUAUAGUUUUGGUGCAGAACCUGAAGUUAUUCACAGAGGAAGUUGAUUUGUGGAAGGCUUUCCACGACUUUGGCAAAAUCGCUAAUGUUAAGAUUCUAAUUAAUGGAAAACAACAAUUGAGAUGCGCAUUCGUUGAAUUUAAGGAGGCCGCCGGCUGUAAGAAAGCUGUAGAAGCUAAAGAAAUGGACGUCAAAGGCUCAAUUGUUACGAUUUCUGUGCCCACAACUACUGAGAUCGAUGAACUCCGCAAGAAGAUGAGAUUGAAUAGCCACAAAUUGUAUAACUACGUUCGGUACAACCGUCUUGAUGCACCGGGACGAGGAGGUUUUAAACCAUUCCGAGGAAGUUUCGCAACCAGACGGGGAAGUUUUUCACCAAGGCGAGGAGGUUUUAUGCCAAGCCGAGGAGGGUUUAAACCGUCGCGAGGAGGAAGAGGUUUUGCACCAAUCCGAGGGGGAGGAAGAAUGGCUACACCAACACGAGGAGGAGGAAGAAUGGCUACACCAACACGAGGAGGAGGAAGAGGUUUUGGAUCAGCGCGGGGAGGCAGAUAUAUGCAUUGAAAAUAAUUUUAAUUACUUCUAUACUUCUCUAUACAUCAAAGUUACUUGUAAUAUUUGUUGUUCCAAGUAUUACUUUCAUUAAUUGCAAUGAAUGCCUUGUUAAUGUUAUGGAGGUGUUUAUAAUAAUCAACAAAAAAGUGUGUUAACUGAACUCACAUCUGAGUUAUGAAUGAAUGCACAAGUUAUGGUAAUUGCCUACAGUUAUGUUAGUUAUGGUACUGUAGCUAUCAAUGAAACGCGAAUAUAUAUCCUACAUGCAGCUAAUUGUUUACACAUGAUUUUUUUAAAUUUAAACCUGUUUAAUCUUCAAAAAUAAAGAUUUAAUACUGCUCUCCAAGUGAUUGCCACAUGCUUAUAUGUAUUGUGUAGAUUUAUGAUUCAAUAGCAAUGAAAAAGAAUUGCUAUGUAUGAACAUCAUGUAUCUCCUUGAUACCACAGUACAAUAAUAUGAAUAACAUUGAUUAUAGGUUGAAGUUAUGAAGAAAUGAAUGUCAGUUAGUAAAUCAUUAGAUUAUCUCAAUGUUCAAAUAUUUUAAGGUUAUCAGAAACGUUCUGUAAAUUUUCUGUUUCAAUCAACAACCACAACAAGACAGUUCUUAUCCGGCCACUCACAAUGCAUUUGUCUCGCAUCACACAGUGCUCAAUUCGUUUAAAACCGAAACCUUUCUACAAAUUUUACUCCUCUACAACAACAGAGUCUCCCCUAGUGCAUGAUCAGCCAAAGAACAAUCUAGAACAUUUACAAAACCGUUCGCUGAUUAAAUUAGAUGGCCCUGAUGCAUCUGGAUUAUUACAAGGGUUGAUAACAAAUGAUAUCUACCACUUGCCCCAAGAAACUGGCAAACUUAGCAGUAUCUAUGCCAUGUUUCUCAAUUCAAAAGGAAGAAUCAUAUGUGAUUCCUUAAUAUACUCAAUAGGUGAUAAAGACUCAUAUAUUGUGGAAGCAGAUUCACAAAUAAUUGACAAACUAAUGAAACAUUUAAAGAUGUACAAACUUAAAAAGAAGGUUGAUAUUGAUUUGUUAGAUUCAUACAAAGUUUUUGCACUGUAUGACCCCAAAGAUGACAAAGGACCAGUGCCAAAGCUUCUAGAAUGUUCCAGAGAAUCUUCAAGUAGUGCAACUAAUGGCACAGUUUUGAAAGACAAAUACUUAUUUUCUGAUCCAAGGGUGCCUGCACUUGGUUGUAGACUUCUCACAAAAAACAUUGAAACUAUUCCUCCAGAAUUGUGUGUGAGUAAUGUGAAUCCAACUACUGGUGCGAAUUUUCGAUGGCUUCGAUACACUCUAGGUGUUGGUGAAGGAAUAAUCGAUAUACCGCCACAAAUUUGCUUUCCUCUAGAACACAAUUGUGAUUAUAUGAAUGGCUUGAAUUUACACAAAGGAUGUUAUUUGGGUCAAGAACUAACUGCAAGAACAUAUCACACCGGCAAAAUUCGAAAAAGACUAAUGCCUUUGUUUUUAAAGAAAGAAAUAAACCAACCACCAUCGGAUUUAAGUUUGUAUGAUGAUAAAAAACAAAGUUUAGGAAAAUUACGAGGUGUUCAGUUUAAUGCAGCCUUGGCAUUACUCCGAAUGCAUCUGGUUGUUGAUAUUGAGAUAUCUGUGGGCGAGACUCAUGCAACUACAAAAAUUCCACAUUGGUGGCCUGGAUUCAAGACUGCUAAGCUAAAAGAUGAAAUUGCUGAUAAAUCAUGUUGAAAUCAACAUUAUAAAUAGAAUAUUGUUUCUCUCACAGGGGAUGACUUCACUAGAGAAUGAUCAAACUCCCCAAAAGGAAGAAACAGAUAAAUUAGUAGAGAACUCGACUGAACCUGAAGAAAAUACUGAAGUUGUUGAGGAAAAGAAAUACUUUACAUGCUCGAGUUGUAAUCUACGCGAG